AUGAAUAACUCUACAGUGAACCUCAACAUAACUGAAUCACCCACAAACUCUUUGACUCAUUUCUUGGGGUUAAUGAGUCCUCCACACAUUUGUUUUUUAUGCAUAAAUGUCUUGCUUGGUCUUCCUGCACACUCUUAUGUCAUAUGGCUCAUCAUAGGAUCAGAAAGUAGAAUAAAAUCAGAUUUUUUCAUCCUCACUCUCUCGUUUUGUGAGAUUGGAAUCUGUCUGAGUUGGUUACUUGACGUUCUGUCAAUAUGGUUUCUAAACCUCAUGGAACUAGUCUUUUUUUCGAAAGGACUCAUCAUCACCGGUCGUCCUCUGUUUCAGUGUCUGAUCUGUGUUGAGCGUUAUCUGGCAGUGGUUCAUCCCGUAACCUUCCUGAAGUACAAACCUCUCAGAUACAGACUCAUGUGUUCUGCUGUCACCUGGAUUAUGAGUUUUGGAUCCUGUUUGUGUAGCAUGUUCAUUUUGAAUUUAUCUGCGUAUGAUAAUUUUAUUUGGUUUAUUUCAGUUCAGCUCAUUGUCUUCUUAUCCAUUCAGUUCUUCUGUUGUCUGGCUGUUCUCAGAGCUCUGAAGCAGUCAGGACCAGGAGAGAGAGGGAGAGAGAGGGAGGAAAACCACAUGAAAAGAAAAGCAUUUUAUCUCAUUCUAAUAACUACCGUUAGCAUGCUUAUCGCAUAUAUUCCGUCUAUUUUUGUAGGAUUGUUUAUUUUACUGGCAGAACAGUUUCUUCCAGAACCAUUUUUAACUGGUUUUGUUUGUUUUGUUCUGGCUGGUUAUGUUCAUCCUGUCCUUUACUUUCACCGGACUGGAAAACUCUGCUGCCUUUCUUCAUCCUAA